CUCCAUGUGAUUAGUCUGCACUGGGAAGUAUUUGACAUUGAGAGUUUGAACCUUCAGCAUCUUAUUUAAAUUCAGUAUGAUUCAGAUUUCCUAAAUGAUCACUUGUUUUACUGGUAGUGUUGUGUUUGCUUUGCUGUUCUGAUAAAAGAGCACAAUGGUGACGGCAGCUCAGCCAGCCUCUGUAGCACUGCUGUCACUUUUUGCUUUUGGUUUUGCAGACGCCAUUCGAACUUUGAGAGAUGGACCAAUGAUCGAUGCUCAAGGAAGGGAAUAUAAAACUGCUGCAUUAGGGUUUGACACAGAAAGUCAAAUCAGUGAACCACUAUUCAAUGAGGGAUCCACUAUCAGUGUACAAUGCACAGAAGUGUCCAUAAUCAUUGCGGUAAAGGCUGACUUCUUUAAAAAUGGACGCCUUUUGUCUCCAUGGGAUUUUCUUUUGGGAGAAGUCAAGCAUUCACAGAGCAGUCAGUGUCGACCUGUUGCUGCUGGUGACUUUGAAUAUGUAUUUGAAGCUGGACUACAAGACUGUGGCUCCAAAGUGACUACAUCUAAGGACUCUGUGAUCUACUCAAACAAGCUGAUAAUCUUACUAGCUGCCGGGCAACAUGGCAUUAAAAUAACGACCCAUGCUGUUGUUCCCGUUUCCUGUCACUAUAAGAGGACAAAGUUUGAUGGCAGUCACUCGCAGCAGCAGCCCCUCUCUCUUCCUGCUGUGUAUUCAACAGGUGCUUUCUCUCUAAAGCUGAUGACCGAUGGAUAAAUGUCGAUGGCAGUGAUGAUGUGUGUCGAUGUUGCGACGAUACAUGCUCGAGCAACUCUCCCACCGGUCAAACAAACCUCGGAAGUCUGAUCCCUGAAGAUUUGGUGGCACGUGAAACUGUUACUCUGGGCCCUUUGAUGGUUUUGCCAUACAAAUAGGCGAAGCAUAACAAUCCAGACAAUAAAGGAUUAAAUAUUUGUCUAUCAAUCUCACCCUCCCUGACCAAACUUCAGCGUAAUACUUAUAGCUUAAUACUAGCAAAACUAUUAUUUUAAUGAUUGUUUAGUAAGGAAUGUUUAUACAACAUAAACAUUAAAGAAACAAUGAUGUUUAGUCUUUACUGUUAAUACCUAACAUGGCUCUAAACAAAGCCACACAACUGGUCUGAUGAAACAUCCCCGUAAAUAAAAACAGAUUACACUGUAUGAACAUUAAAUGUUGCUGUCAGGAUAGACACGUAUCAGUGUUUGAAAGAGGAAAAUAAAAUGUGAAUUUCUCUUACCUUCAAAAAGCUGAAUGAAAAUAAGAAUGCAUGCCAAGCUCGUCUUCAUGGCCUUUUCAGUUAUGAACUCACUAAUAAAUACUAAAGCUGGCUCACAUUGUACUCUUUCCUUCAGUCUUUGUGAGGUUUUGUGGACAGCCUCACUUUAUUUAUUGUUCUUCACCUCUGAGCAGGAAGGGGAAAUCAAAGCAAGAACAGCCGUUGAAACGCUGCAGUUGGUUUUGCACACACUGA